ACUACGAUCGUCCUACAGGAUUGAGAAAUACCAAUUAAUAUCUACCAUUGACGAAAGGCAAAAUAAAAUGAUGAAAAGAAGGAGAAGACGAUGAUAAUGAUAAUGUUAGGGGCAGUGCUUUUGGGAGUGGCGGCGGCGUGCUUGGUGGUGUUGGUUCCAAUGGGAAUGGCCGGAUGGCGUUUGAGCCGGAACGUCCUCUUUUUCAGCGGCGCCAUUUUCAUUACUAUGGCGGUUUGCGUCCAUUUGACUCCCUCUUUUUCCUCCGUUUCCGACUACGUUACCUCCGUUUCCUCCGUUGCCAUCAUCGAUCGCCGUUCUCCUUGCCUCGAUCUGGUUAGCCGCAUUUCCUGGGAGGUCACUCCAAACGCCUCUCUUAUCAAUUUCAAUGUCACCCAAAACCUCUCUUCCUCCUUCGAUUAUUACGAAAAACACUGGGAUUGGCCCAAAACUCAAAAGGUCAAGGCCUGCCGCAUUCGCAAAUUAUCUAAACACGACGCUUCCCGCCGGCUGAACGCUUCCUGGGUGGUGAUAGCCGGCGAUUCCCAAGCUCGAUUGUUCACCCUCUCUUUAUUAAACUUGAUUCUGGGUUCCGACCCCCAACGCAUGGAUUCUAUUAGAACCGCUCUGUUCAAGAGGCACAGUAAUUACAGCAUUUCAGUUAACGAAAUCGGCAUGAAACUGGAUUUCGUUUGGGCGCCAUAUGUUUCGAAUUUAACCCAUCUGAUGAUCGAUUUCAAGGCCAAAAAGAGUUACCCUUGUGUAUUGGUAAUGGGUGCUGGUCUAUGGCAUAUGCUUCACGUCAACAACGCGUCAGACUACGAAUCCGUUUUGCGGACGUUAAAAGGUUCCGUGGUCUCUUUAUUUCCAUUUUCAACCGAGUUAGCCUUUAAGUCACCCCAUUUGUUUUGGCUCGGGUUACCGGUGCUCAUCAAUGGGAUGUUGAAUACACAUGAUAAGAGGCAGCAGAUGAGUGAUGCAGUGUGGCAUGACUACGAUCGAUCGCUAACCGGAAGUAGGCUAUUGCGCCAAACUGGUGGCCCGCUGGAUUUGCUCGACAUCCCGUCUUUGACAUGGAAUUGUGGGGCGCAUUGUACAUAUGAUGGCAUGCAUUAUGAUAUAGCUAUCUACGAGGCAGCCGUUCAACUCAUGCUUAAUUUUAUUAUCAUAUCACGUCAGAGGCAUUGAAGGAAGCCGCCAACAGUUU